AGAGAGGAACGCUUUGCGAACGGCCAAUCAGAGAACAGAGAUGAUGGGACGUCAGCGAGGUCAACAGAAACUGUCAUGUCAGCCUCCAGUGUCGCGUGUAGUCCUGCAGCAGCGAUGCUCAGCCUGUCUAUCAGAGAGGUGUCUCAGGCACUUAAGGAGGGCAGGGUAUCUGCUACUGAACUCUGCAAGAAAUGCAUCAACCAAAUACAGAGGACCAAGUCCUUGAAUGCAUAUAUCACCAUCACAGAAGAGCAAGCUAUAGAGCAAGCACAGCGAGCAGACAACAGGCUACGCAAUGGCAAAUCUCUCGGUCCCCUUGAUGGCAUUCCCUUCUCUGUGAAAGAUAACUUCUGCACAGAGAAUAUAGAGACCACCUGUGCUUCAAACAUUCUUAAAGGUUAUGUGCCUCCAUUCAAUGCAACAGUUGUGCAGAAGCUUUUGGAUCAAGGAGCAGUUCUCGUCGGAAAAAAUAAUUUAGAUGAAUUUGCAAUGGGAUCUGGGAGUACAGAUGGGGUGUACGGUCCUGUUCGAAACCCCUGGAGCUAUGCAACAUCAUACCGUGAAGAGGGCAGAGGAGAUCCAGAUUCUGAUUGGGUGAUUGCAGGAGGAAGUUCAGGAGGGAGCGGAGCAGCAGUGGCGUCUCUCAGCUCCUUCUUAGCAUUGGGUUCAGAUACAGGAGGAUCUACACGAAACCCUGGUUCUCUGUGUGGAGUCGUGGCUUUGAAGCCCACAUAUGGCCUUGUCUCCCGUCACGGUCUCAUCCCUCUCGUCAACUCCAUGGACGUACCAGGAAUUAUGACCAGGAGUGUGCAUGAUGCUGCCACAGUUUUGAGGAUUUUGCAGGGGAAAGACGAAAAGGACUCAACAACUAUCCAGGCACCAAUCACCUCGCCAAGCCUUCCUGAAGACUUUAAUAUUAGAGAUAUAUGUGUCGGCAUACCAAAGGAGUAUCACGCCCCAGGCCUGUCUGAAGAAACUCUGGCCCAGUGGAAUCGAGUGGCAUCCAUGUUUGAGCGGGCAGGGGCGCGGGUACGAGAAGUUUCCCUCCCGCACACACAGCACUCCAUCGUAUGUUACCAUGUCCUGUGUUGCUGUGAGGUCGCGUCCAACAUGGCACGCUUCGAUGGACUUGAAUACGGCCAUCGCAGUGCAGUGGACAGCUCCACAGAUGCCAUGUACGCCACCACGAGACACGAAGGCUUUAAUAAUGUCGUCCGCAGUAGAGUCCUAUCCGGAAACUACUUCCUUCUGAAACAGAACUACGAGCGUUACUUUCUGAAAGCUCAACAGAUCAGACGUCUCAUCGCUGAAGAUUUUGAAAGCGUCUUCACCUCAGGUGUUGAUGUUCUCCUUACACCCACGACACUGAGCGAUGCAGCGAGAUACAUCGACUUCAUACAGGAAGACAACCGAACGCGAAGUGCGCAGGAUGACAUCUUCACCCAGCCUGUCAACAUGGCAGGUUUGCCUGCUAUCACUGUACCAACGGCCCUGUCACACAGAGGACUUCCCAUCGGCCUCCAGCUGAUUGGUCAAACACUACAGGACUGGAAGUUGUUGACCGUAGCCCACUGGAUGGAGCAACAAGUCCAAUUUCCAAUGAUACGUUUCAAUGAAGACUUUGAUAGGUCGGUCAGAGAACAAACACAUACGACAGGAUCAUAACCAAACACUGAAACACAUGACUUAUGGUAAAGAGGGACUAAAGUUGAUGUCGUCAAGGCAACAAAAAAUAAAGUACUUUUAACAAAUA